AGAAAAGAAAGAAAAAAUGGCUCAUGCAGUAUUUGAAGAUCUUGAUAUUGUAAUUGUUGGUGGAGGCAUUUGUGGCCUUGCCACUGCCCUUGCUCUUCAUAGGAAGGGUAUGAAGAGUGUGGUGUUGGAGAAAUCAGAAGUAUUAAGAGCAUCAGGGGGUGCCAUUGCAAUUCAGCCUAAUGGGUGGAGAGCUUUGGAUGAACUUGGUGUUGCUUCAAAGCUCAGGACUAAUGGCAUCCUCCUUGAAAGGAUACAUGAAAUAUAUCUCAAUGGCGGCAAGCCAAAAGAAAAAUUUGUCGACUACUCGUAA